AUGUAUCAUUAUACCAGUCCACCUCCCGGGUGGUCUUUCGACUACAUGACCUCUCCUCCGACUUCUCCCCAUUACGCCUACUACGCCACCCAGUUCGCCAGUCCCUACGGUUCUCCUCGCGGCCCGUCGAAGCGCCACAAUCGCAAAGCCAGCUACGCCGGUCCCAAAGAUACGGGAGGGUGGCAUCCGGGAUAUGGUCCUACAAGUUUCUACGAGGCGAUGCCCGAAUAUGGCACCCCGCCACGCAAGCACGAUCCUGUAAGUGCUUCUUUUGGUGGCUAUCAUCGUCGUCGUAGCACCAUGUCCGGUGCCCCGGCAGAUCCCUGGGAUAACGCUGGUCCUUUCCCGUCCCCGUCGCCCUCGUCGCGAAGGAAAUCCGUCUACGUGGAUGUGGUUGACGAUGUAUUCGAGGAUGCGCCGCGAUACGUUUUCCGCGAGGAUCCAGCCAGCAAACCUCGACGUUAUCCGUCUACGACUCAGCGCAAGCCAAAGCCACCCACUGAUCAAUAUUUCUACUAUAACCAGGUCCCUCCUUCUUACGAUGACGCCGACUCGCCCAAGCGGUCUCGUGCGCGCCGUCAGUCUACGUCUACGCGGACCCCGUCCAAACCCAAGCCUACCCCGCCGUCCAGCAAACCGACCCCCAAGGCAACUGAAGAGGACGCCGUUCGAGCGGGCAUCCCUCCGGGUUAUUCGAUCAAGAACUGGGACCCCACCGAAAUGCCGAUUGUUCUCCUGGGAAGCGUCUUCGAUGCGAGCUCGCUGGGCAAGUGGAUCUACGACUGGACGGUUUUCCACCACGGCGCUUCGACUCCGAUGGCGGACGUGGCGGGUGAUUUGUGGUUGCUGCUGAUCAAGCUGGCGGGCAAGGUGAAGCGCGCCGAUGAGUGUCUGGAUCGCAUCCGCAGUCCGGAAGCGCAGGAAGUCGUUGAGGACUUUCUGGAGAGUGGUGAGCGACUGUGGAGCCGCUUUAAGAAGUUGCUUAGAACUUGCGAACAGUUUAUGUGGAAAGCCGCGAAACGUGAAGGCGGCAAGUCCGUGUCGAUGGGCCGCAAUGCCGGAUGUGAAUUUGUCGAAUCGAUUUUCGGACGCGACCGCGAAUUGGAGAACACGGAGAAGUUGAUGAACAGCAUCCGGUUAUGGAACAUGCGCUUUGACGCCAACUGCGAGGAUAUACUCCGACGACCGACUGCGAUAUAG